CAGUCUUUAGCUGAAGUUGAAAGUGCAAUCCACCAUGCAUAUGUUUUGGCUUCUGCUAAUGAUUUUGUGCAAUGGGCACUUUAUUAGCACUGGCACCGGUGUUUCUACUAGGCCCGACGUUGUGAACAUUGGCGCUAUUUUGUCUUUCAAUUCUUCCAUUGGAAAAGUUGCAAAAGUUGCCAUAGAAGCUGCAGUGGACGAUGUGAAUUCCGAUCCAGGGGUUCUAAAUGGAACAAUGCUCAAAAUUACCAUGCAGGAUACAAAAUUAUCGAGAGGAUUUCUGGGAAUCGUUGAGGCUUUGCGGUUUAUGGAGAAUGAUACAGUGGCCAUAAUUGGUCCCCAGCACUCAGUUAUGGCCCAUGUCAUUUCACAUAUUGCGAAUGAGCUCCAAGUCCCUCUAUUAUCGUUCGCAGCAACAGACCCCACCUUAAAUUCACUUCAGUUCCCUUACUUUGUCAGAACAACACAAAGUGACCUCUUUCAGAUGGCUGCUGUAGCAGAAAUAGUAGGCUUCUACGAAUGGCGAGAUGUAAUAGCUAUCUAUAUUGAUGACGAUUAUGGCAGAAAUGGGAUUGCUGCAUUAGGUGAUAAGCUUGCCGAAAAACGUUGUAAAAUCUCGUACAAAGCACCUAUGAAACCCGAUCUAGACCGUAAUGACAUCUCCGAUACACUGUUUAAGGUGGCUAUGAUGGAGUCUCGAGUUAUUAUACUUCACAUAUAUCCUACUUGGGGUCUAGAGGUAGUUGAAAUGGCACGUAAAAAUGGGAUGAUGGGAAGUGGAUAUGUGUGGAUAGCUACUGAUUGGCUCUCUACUAAACUUGACACAGAACCUUCCCUCUCUCCAGCGGAGAUGGAUAGUAUUCAAGGGGUAAUUACCUUGCGUAUGCACACUCCAGAUUCAUUACUCAAAAGGCAAUUUUUUUCUAGGUGGAGCAACUUGACUACAGCAAAGGCGAAUGACAGCCUUUUUAAACUAAAUGCGUAUGGUCUAUACGCCUACGACACUGUUUGGCUUCUUGCUCGUGCACUUGACGCAUUUUUAGAUCAGAGGGGAAACAAUAUUACAUUUACAAAUUAUUCGAAUUUAACUGAUUUUCACGGAGGGAGCUUGCAUUUUGAUGCCAUGAGCAUCUUUGAUGGAGGGAACGUGUUGCGUAACAACAUUUUACAGGUUAAUAUGACUGGUUUAAGUGGCCCAAUGAAUUUCACGUCAGAUGGCGAACUCAAUGGUCCAGCAUAUGAAGUAAUCAAUGUCAUUGGUACAGGGAUCAGGACAAUUGGUUAUUGGUCCAAUUCUUCCGGCUUAUCAGUGGAGCCUCCAGAAAAGUACAUUGCACAGCAAAGCAGUUCAAAUCAACAACUAUACGGUGUAAUCUGGCCGGGACAAACUACUCAAAAGCCUCGUGGGUGGGUAUUCUCAAGUAACGGAAAGCAACUUCGAGUUGGAGUCCCAAAUCGGAUUAGUUAUCGUGAAUUUGUGUCACAGAUAGAAGGCUCUGCAGAUAACUAUGCUGGUUAUUGUAUUGAUGUAUUUAAUGCUGCAAAAGAACUAUUGCCAUAUGCAGUCCCGCAUAAGUUUAUUCCAUUUGGGGAUGGACAUAGCAAUCCAAUCACCGCUGAUCUUCUGCACAAAAUCACAACGGGUGAAUUCGAUGCUGUGGUUGGUGACAUUACAAUUACCACCAACCGGACAAAGAUGGUGGAUUUCACGCAGCCAUAUAUUGAGUCCGGACUAGUUGUAGUGGCCCCAGUUUGGAAGUUGAACUCUAGUGCUUGGGCGUUUCUGAGACCAUUUACUCCAAUGAUGUGGUGUGUUACAGGUAUAUCUUUCAUUGUUGUGGGAGUAGUUGUCUGGAUUUUGGAGCGCAGGACAAAUGACGAUUUUCGAGGCCCUCCUAGAAAACAAUUUGUCACGAUCCUAUGGUUUAGCUUUUCAACUUUGUUUUUUUCUUACAGAGAGAAGAUUAUGAGCACCCUUGGUCGCUUAGUGCUUAUCAUAUGGCUUUUUGUAGUUCUAAUAGUCAAUUCGAGUUACACUGCAAGUCUGACAUCAAUCCUUACGGUGGAACAACUUUCUUCCCCCGUCAAAGGGAUUGAAAGUUUGAUAACAAGCAAUGAUCCCAUUGGUUUCCAGCGAGGUUCAUUUGCUGAAAAUUAUCUAACCAACGAGCUCAACAUACAUAGAACCAGACUUGUUCCCCUUAACUCGCCAAAAGAUUUCGAGAGAGCUUUGAAGGAUGGCCCGAGUAAGGGUGGAGUUGCUGCAGUGGUUGACGAGCGAGCAUACAUGGAGCUCUUUCUCUCCACCAGAUGUGAAUAUGGUAUAGUUGGUCAAGAGUUCACAAAAAUGGGGUGGGGUUUUGCCUUUCCACGGGACUCGCCAUUGGCGAUUGACAUGUCAACUGCCAUCCUAACACUGUCAGAGAAAGGGGGUCUACAAAGGCUUCAUGACAAAUGGCUUACAAGAAGUGCUUGCAGCUCAGAAGGUGCGAAGCAAGACGUAGACCGCCUUCACCUUACCAGUUUCUGGGGCCUCUUUUUACUAUGUGGCUUUGUCUGCUUUUUUGCUCUCCUAUGCUAUCUCGUUAAGAUGGUGCGCCAGUACACGAGGCACUCCGGUGACGACAUGACCUCGCAAUCUUCACGCGUACGGAUUGAAUCAUUUCUUACAUUUGUUAAAGAGAAGGAAGAGGAUGACAUUCAAGUUGAAGAGGAUGGAAAGAGCGGGUCCAAGGGAAGGUCAAGGGAGAGGGUCUCAAAUGGAUCGAGAAGAGUGCAUGAAGAUGAGCCCCGAAACAGUUGGAGUGUUACCGUUCCUACAAACCAUGCAUGAAACCGAGUUAGUUAAGUUAUAAGUUUCCAAGCAGGGCCUCCAUAAGUGCAUCCAAUAAUGGGUCUACAAGGAUAUGCACGUUUUCGU